UAACACCGGGAGGCGCUAAUGAGCAGGUCUCCAACCGGAACUCAUCUCCACGUGCUGCCAGUGGCCACCGGCGGAAGAGGGUUUGUUUUGAAGCCCAGGGUUGUGUCCAGCGUGCAACUACACUUCUCCUUUCAUGUGCUCUGUAAAUGUCCCAACAACAGACAUAAUGUCAACCAUGGAAAGCCAAAUAGAAAACAGCGACCAAGAAGAAGAGCUGAAAGGGACCAAAAGAAAGAUUUCUCUCUCUAAUUGUGGUGUGUGUGGAUCAGAGGAGGCGAAAUACAGAUGUCCUGCCUGUCUUUCCCAUUCUUGCUGCUUGCUGUGUGUGAAGAAACACAAGGAAGAUUCGGGAUGCAGUGGAGUUAGAAAUAAAACUGCCUUUGUCACCCUCUCACAUUUUGAUGAAAUGACUCUUCUCAGCGAUUACCGGCUUCUGGAGGAUACAGGACGAUUUGCUGAUGGUGCCACCAGAGACAAGCUCGUCCGGACUCCUCGUUCCACUUUAAAAUCGAAGAGGUUGGCAGGCAGCGCCAGAAAAGUGAAUAUCACAUUGAGGUUCCUCCCCAUCACCUUCACGAAGAGCAGAGAAAACUCCACCGUCUUCUUCACAAAAGAAAAACUGUUUUUGUGGCACCUGAAGCUCAUCUUUCCUCAGAGCAGCUCAGAGUUCAGUCAGAGGAGGGUGUCCGACAGGCAAACCUUGGAGCAGAUCUUGACCCCUUAUAUCCACCCGACAGAGUCGGACCCUGUGAUGCGUCAAAAGUUGAAGAUGUAUGUGCACACUCCGUUUGAUCACGUCAAAGUCUUCAUGAAAGCAGAGGGGAGAAAGGCAAACUCUGUGAGGUACCAUCAGUUGGACAUUCGCAAGACCCUAAGGGACAACCUGAGCUACAAAACACUGAUUGAAUAUCCCGUGCUGCAUGUUGUACUAAGAGAUCAUUGGAAGGAUUAUCCACCGAAAGGACCAGCUGAACCUGCAUCAGCCUGCAAUAGAUUUGCAACAAAGAGGGAACGGGUGGACCGAGAGAAGGAGAGUGUGAUCCAAGUUUCACCAUCCCUACAAGGAGCUUGCACCCCGAGGGGAAGCAACAUCUGGACAGGAACCCCGGAGACCAGUCCUGAAACUGAACCCCCACAAGUGAAACGGGCCAAAAGAGAAGCGGGGAAGAAAGAUAUAGAGGAGGGAGAGAUCCUAGACAGUAGUGAUGAAGAGGAGGAGGAGAAAAGAAAUGCUGAAGCCAGUACCCCAUGUGGUAAGAGCCGUGAUGGUUCCAAAAGCCCCGCUAAUGACAUGGAGGUGAUUAAAGACAGUGUGGACGUUACUGUUGAUGAUGGUCUUAUUAAACUCGGUGACAGACGCAGGGAUCCGUGUAUAAAUGAGGUUCCACUGAUGACAAUUGAGCUGUCAGAGAAGAGUGCUGAGGUCAGUAUGACUCAGGAGGAUGCUGUGAAAUAGCCUGUUCAUACCCAUCACUGCCAUGAUGAAAAGGAGUCGGCUAAUGCUGCUGUCAGCUGUGGACUGGAAUGAUAAUGCCCAGAUAGAGGUUCAGUGCGAAAUGAAUGAGAAGGCAGACAUAUAUCUGACAGGAAGUCAUCAAUCUUGUGUCAGUGUACAGUGGACCAAUGCCACAGACUGUUGUUUUAAACGGAUUGUUUAAAGAAACGAGAGCAAUAGUUAAUACCGCUGUAUCAUUGUCGGUAAAUAUGGAAUCAUUUCAAUCUUAAUGUUUAUAAUUUCAGUUUAGCUAAUCUGUAUGGAAACAUGCUUUCUUUAAAUAAAGACCUUUUUUGGAAA